ACACUUUUUGGUUUUUUGGACUGGAAAACAGCGCAGCAGCAGCCGUUUGAAAAUCAUUCCCCUUUUCGAGCUAAAAACGUCGUUGAGCAAUCAGGAAGAACCACAACGGCGCACCAUGCCUUCGGCUGCCAAUUCCGCUACUGCUACCGCUGCAACUGCCGCCAGCGCCGCUGCCAACAACAACAACGCUAGCAAGGAGAAGCGCUCCUCAAUAACUUCGCUGGGCGGAUCGGGGAUCGCAGGAGCUGCUGCCGCCAAUGGCCAGAAUAACACCAGCAACAGCGGCAAUUCGAGUGCUCCGGAUGGCAGCCAAACGGAUCUGGCCAACAACAAUGCGAGCAAUGGAAGCGCUGCCAAGUUGAAGGCUGCCGCUGCGGCCGCCACUCCAGAACCGUAUAAUCCGCUCAAGCAGCUGCUGGUGACCAUCGAGCACAAGAUCCGGAACCUGGAGAAGCGCAAGACCAAACUCGAGUCCUAUCGCGCCAUUCAGAGCACCGGAAAGGAACUGAGCGGCGAUCAAGCCUCGGCCGUGGCCAAAUACGACGCAGUCCUGGCCAAUUUGGAGUUUGCCCGCGAGCUGGCCAAACAUAUCCAACAGCAGUCGAAGGAGGCCGAAAAGGAGCAAAAGAAGCAGGCGCGCAAGGACAACCUGGUGAAGACAAUUGCUGAAACGAAUAAGAUCCGAGAGGUUCUGAUCAUCCAGAACGUGCUCAGCUGCUUCAACGACGAGCAAGUGCGCAGCGACUUCCUGGCCGGCGAGAACGGAGCGAAAAAGUUGGACAGCACCGAACUGGAUGUGCUUGAGAAGUUCUGCUCGGAGACUCAAACCCGACGACCGGAGACCGCUGAUGAUGUUAGCUUCAUAACCUAUGCCCAAAAAUCAGCUGAACUGUUCUAUUCGACCAUCAAUGCGCGUCCAAAGCCUUUUGGCGAGACGACUUUCGAGAAGAUACGUGCCCUCUUCCAGCAGAUCCAGGACUGCGGCUACUUGGACAAGUACUACCUGGUGCCAUUGGCCGAGAACGCUGUGGCCAAUAGCACGGAUAGCGGCACCGGUAGUGGCGAUGGGGAGGGCGGUGACUUGUUGAUCGACGGCUCUGGCGAAAUCGACGCGGAACUGCCAUCGGAGCCGUCGGCUCGUAAUUCGCUGGAGGAAGGACUGGACAAGUUGCACCUAAGUGGGCAGCCGGAACUGGAGCAGCAUCCACAGCAUCAACAACAGCAGGAGCGUCCUGGACAUCAUCUGCUGGAGCAGCACCAGCGGGCUCCUUCCCUGGAACAUCAGCAGCAGACCUUGGUGGUGCAACAACAGCAACAGCAGCCGCCACAGGUUUACCAGGCAGCUCCUCCGGCAGGAGGAACAACAACUCCAGUGCAUGUUCUGUACGCCCCGGCGCCGCCUCCCCAGCAGCCUCAACAGCAGCCACCGCAUCCUCACCAGCUGAUGAGCAGCCCCGUGAAUCUCCAUGCCUUGCAGACAGGAGCUGCUGCUCCGCCGCCACAACAGCAGCAGCCACAUCCAGCUCAUUUUGCUCCCAACGUGCGGGCCGUGGAGCAGAACUACUUCAAGCAGCCGCCGCCGCAUCCGCAGGCUCCUGGGCUGCAGGCACCAACGCCCCAGCAGCAACAAUUCAUGCAGCAGUGUCGUCCUUUGGCGGAGGUCUUGGGCACAGGAAGCUUCCACUUUCUGCAGGACAGCGAACUGGACAAUCCUGAGGCUUUGGCCCAGCCUCCUCCGACCAAUCCGGGAUUGGUAUUCGAGCAACAGCCACAGCAGCCGAACCAUGUCGAAGAACCACCGCAGGCCAUAAAAACGCUGACCUUCACCAACCAGUCGUUCCCGUCGCAGCCGCCGAAGCCUCAGCAGCAGGCUCCUCCGCAGCAGCAGCUCUUCUCCCCGGUUUUGAUCCACGAGCAACGCCAGCAGCAACCGCAGCAGCAGCCUCAGCCCAUGCUGAUUAUGCCGCGUCUGCCAACCCAGCAGCCUCAGCAGCCAGCUCCUCAGGGAAUUGGCAUGCAGCCGGGCGAUAUGACCUCAGUUUUUACGUACGAAAACUCUGUGGUCACCUAUGAGCAGCAGAUCCAACAGCAGCUGAAACAGCAACAACAACAGCAGCAACAACAACAGCAGCAGCAACAUCAGCAGCAGCAGCAGCUGCUGGAAGAGCCAUCAUCUGUUAAUACGUCGUCGAGUGUGGGCGCUGGUGGCGAUGUGGAGAACAAUGAGUGGCAUGCCCGCAACAACGAUACGAAUGCUGCAGCCACAGCUGCGCUCUCGAAUGUGCUGAAGGGCGAGGCCACGCCGCAGGCACAGCCCACCAAGUGGAGCUCGGAGAUGAACGCCAUGAGUAGCGCUGCCUCGAACGGCAGCAGCAACACCAGCCACAAGCAGGAGUGGGCCACUCCCAGGGACCACAGCGCUGGCGGCGGUAAUGGUGGUUAUGCAGACAACGAGGGCAACAACCACUGGAACAACUCGCAGGGCGAGGGACGUCGCAACUCCGGCAACUACCAGCGACGCGGCGGAGACCGCGAUAACCGGGAUCGCGACCAAGGCGGACGAGGCGAUGAGAGGCGCAACGGCGGCGACAGAGGCAACUACCGUUCGCGUCAGUACGGCAACUCCUCGAACCCGAACGGACGCAACUCGGGCAACAGCGGCGUGUACUUCCGCAACAAUGAGUCGGGCAAUAGCGGUGCCAGCAGCUACUACCAGAACGGAGGAGGCGGAGGUGGCACGUACAACAAGGAGUCGCGCUACGAGUCAUCCGGCGGUGGAAGCUAUCGCGGCCAGCGAGGCGGCAACCAGCAGAGGAAUGUUAAUGGUUCAUACGGAGGCGGCAGGCCCAUGGGCGAUCGUGGGCGUGGCGGAUCGGGAAACCAGGGAAGCGGUGGUGGCUACGUAAACCGCCAAAACCAGUCGCAACGCUUGCCUCUUGGACUGGAGAAUAAAAACUGAGCAAACAAUACGUAUUAAUCGCAAACAAAAGAACAUACAAUUCAUGCAAACCAUACACAAACCAAUCACCCACAUGCAAGUAAUGGCCACGUAGACGUACAAUUAUCGUUACGUAUAAAACUCUCAACCAGAAGAAAUGGAAAUCUAUCAAAAAGAAUCCUUUAUAUCGCAACUAGGGAAACGAAAAUGAAGCAGCAGCAAACCGAUACAUGCACAUUUUUGAAAACAAUUUAUAAUUAUUUCCCUUGAUUUUGGUUUAUUUGAUAAUGUAUUAAUAAUAAAACAAAAUAGUUGUUAGAAACAAAAGGAUUUACAACUACAUACAGGAAAGUAAACGCUCUAAGGGUUUCUAAAACUCCCAGACAGGACAGGAUUUCGGCAAAACCACUAAUGAAAUAUUGGCAAAACAUCUCGGGUUAGUCUCUCCCGACCGAAUUCACAAUAUCCCUGUUUGGCUGCGUUGAAGCUGAUGCGAUAACACAGAUGUCGAGAGAAAGAAUAAAAAGUAUUUAUACGUCUUAGCAAUUAAAUAACGAUUCUGAAUUAUACAAAUUAAUUACUAUUACCUAUAUAUAUAAACGAAUGAUAAAUAUAUUUAUAGUUUGUGCUCUUACUGUCAUGCUCUAUCCCA